AUGAGUACUAUUGAGCGCGGUGGUGGACGGGGUGGUGGUGGGGCUAGAGGCGGUAUAAGAGGUGGUAGAGGAGGAGCGGAUUCUCCUAGAGGACGAGGAGUAUGGAGAGGUGGACCUCCUCCCGGUUCAAAUUCAUACCCCGUUUCAAGAGGAACUUCACCUGCUAUUCCCGGCUCUGUUACAGGUACUGGUGCAGGUACAGGUACAGGUACAUCAGGUGGAUCUUCGCCUGCCCCUAGACAAUCUAUCAAUGAUCAUAUGAAUGAUAUGAAGAAGAUUGUUCAUGACGACAAGAAUAGAUCUAAUAAAGGAUUUCAAACCGAUACGGAUAUAUCAAAAUCGUCUGGACCGAUUGAAAGGGAACUCAAACCUUGGGUACCAGAUUCUACUUCUCCACCAUCUAAGAACAAUAACAAUGGUUCAAAUGGAAACCAAGUGAAUGGUUCAGUUAGAGAUGUGGAUACUUUUGGUACUUUAACAGCCAAUAUCCCUUGGGAUCAGUUCGAGACUAAUGAGAAAUUAUUUGGUGUUAAAACGAAUUAUCAAGAGGAAUUGUAUACCACAAAAUUGAAUAAGAAUACUGCGGAUUUCAAGAAAAGGGAGAAGGAAGCUGAAAGGUUGGCUAACGAGAUUAUGGGUACAACUUCAAAGAAUACUCAUAUUCAAGAAGAGAGAGGUCAAGCUGCUGAGGAUUCUGCCAAAGAUGAGGAGGAAAAAUACUCUGGAGUUGUUCGUGCACCAGGUGCAUACGUUCCACCUGGAGCUAGAAAAGCUUUGGGUGGACCGACUCCUGCUCCUGCUCCUCGAGUUUCCGUCCCUCCUGCUCCCGCGGCCACUGCUUCCAUACCCAAUGGAAAUGUUGUCUCUUCACCGGCUCCUCAGCCUAUCAAAGCACCUUCGCCUGCUCCUGAAUCCAACGCAAACAUGGCUCCUCCCCCUGCUCCAGCUCGAAGUACAAGCGAUGAUCCCUCAGCUACAGUUCCCGCUCCUGCUCCAGUCGUCACGGCUAUCCAACCUGCGGAAGCACCAGCUGCCGCUCCUGCUGUCACAACAAUCACAGCAGCUGGCGGUGUGGUAGAUCAAUGGCGUCAAUUUGUUGGUACUGAACGUGAAAAGGCAGAGGCUAAGAAACAGUCUCAUAUGAAGACUGAAAGGGAGAAACAACUUGCAGAUUUGAAAAAGUUUCAUGCUAAUUUCAAGGUACCCCUUCCCAUGCCAAAAGAUAUUCUACCAAUUUUGGCUAAAGACGAAAACAAACAGAAGGAUAUAGAAGCGAAAGCUGCCAAUCAACUUGAAAAGGCUCGAGAGGAUCGUAAAGCUCAAGUUACCAACAACAAGUCGCCCACUAAAGCUUCUGCGCCAAUGGAAUCAGCCGGUUCCAAUGAACAAUCAAAACCACUUCCACCCAAAAAGCCUUUCAUGAGAAUUAGCGAGAUCCCGCCUUUCAAUCCUGCCAAAAAGAAGCCGGUUACUCAAGCUCAAGCUCAGGUUCAAGCACCGGUUAUCACUAUUCCUGAAACUGCUAACCAGAACAUACCUCAGCAAGCUACUUCGCCGACUCCCUCCAUGGCCAGUCUAGCAUCUGGCUCUCAAGCGAAAUUGAACCCUAAAGCAAAUACUUUUGUCUUCAAACCAAGCGCUGCUGUGUUCAAACCUGGCCAACCUUCUGGAAGUCCAGCUACUGCUCCUCGUCAAACACCUGCUGUCACAUCAUCAGUUCCUUCACCUGCUUUAGCCGCACCAACUUUGAAAAACCCCUUCUUCCAACACAAGUUACCUGAGAAAGUUACCGUUGAUAUCAGGAGUGAUUUCAAUCCAUGGAAACAUGGUAAUGGAUCUGUACCUUCUGCGUCAUCGAUUGGAUUACAGUGGCCCUAUCCAGGAAGGAAAUCUCAUAUUCCAUCUUUCGCAGGUGGACCCAUGGGUGUAAAUGUUAGUGGAGGGCCUGGACCUAUGCAUUUAGGUGGUCCAGGAACAUCGAUAUUUGACGAUGAAACAACUGCUGUUGGGUCACCUUCACCUCAUCCUCCUCCUCCUCAAAUUCUAGGUGGUAUGCAACCUUAUCCUGGAUAUGGUUACAGAUUCAACCAACCCGGUCUACCUCCUCACAUGCCCAGUCAAAUGAGUAGCCCAAUGUUCUCGCCUGGUGGACCUCAGUUCGCUCCUUUACCUGGGCAACAGAUGGGUCAACAACCACCGCAUCAAUUGGGAGGUCCGCAACCUAACGGGAUGCCAAUGUACUACCAACCCGGAAUGCCUCAAAAUCCUCAAUUCUUACCUCCUCAACAUAUGCAAAUCAACCCUCAUACCGCACAACGUCAUGGUCCAGGUCCAGGUCCAGGUAUGGGUCAAAAUGGACAUAUUGGUCCAGGUGGUCCUGGAUCUGGUCCACAAGGUUACUACUCGCCUCAUCAUGGAGUAUCGACACCUCAACAAACGCCUCAAAUGGUACAGCAUAAUCUACCUCCUUACCCUCAACAACCUCAACAACAAUACCACCCUCACUCACCAAUGCAACCUCAAGGUGGACAGGGAGGCGGAGGUCCUCAACCACCCGGAUCAAAUGGUGGUGGAUAG